GCGCUUUUUUGCCGAAACUGCCUUACGUGUGACGCUGCACUUCCCACCCGGUACCCGGUUGUUAUUGCUACUCAUUGCUGGGCAGAAUAUAUCCGUGAAGACGGCUGUUUACUUUUACUUCAUGCUAACCAAAUUUGUCAUCCACAGCUGAAGAUGGCCCUAACUGAAAGAGACUUCCGAGAUUUAGCCCGUAGCCUGGGACCUGAAUGGGAGGGACUGGCUACAGAGCUAGACAUUGACAGUUCAGAAGUUUACCGGAUUAAACAGGAGCACUAUGGUGUGUCCAACCAAAUCUUCCAGAUGUUGGUAGCUUGGCAACGCAAGCAAAGCGGGCAGGACCUACUGGCACGAGAGAGGUUGCAGAGUGCUCUGACGACGGUUAAGCGUCAUGACCUGGCCGAGAGAUUGCAAGCACAAGCAGUCAGUGCACGAGGAGAUGCGGUCGACUCGACCAGUGGAGGAGUUCACAUCAAUGCCAACUUCAUGGAUCCAGCGGGACCGUCGUGCCAACCACAGGCGCAGGCGCAACCCUCUCGCCAACAGCAGCAGCAAGAACAACAACAGCGACACCCUGCUGUCCAAACCUACACCUACGAAGCUCCCCCUGGAACAGUUCCUUACGUUGGUAGGCUGACCAUCACAGGCAGGAACAGCCCAGUCAUCAUCGGAUCAGUUUCGCACAGCACUUUCAAUUUUGGGGGCGGCGGCGGUAGAAGUGGUGAUAGGAGAAAUUGAAUUACUUAAGGUCUGAGGAAUAGUUUGGAUUUACAUUUGAAAUUGUUACGCAGUAAACUUUUCGGUAAUGUUUGUAGUUUCACUAGUGAUAACCCCCAUCGAAAGUGGUUGGAAUGUGGUCCCAAUUAUGCACAUGAGCGAACUCUCUAUCAAGUCAUUGUCCAAGACUGGAUUUGGAUUUUAUUCCCUAAUGCAUGUGACAUGGACCUGCCAGUGCAGCUGAGCUAAUUUGUCUAGAAGCUAAACCAAAUCCAGUCUUGCCAAAUUCAGCUGGCUGCCCAAGAAAUUCAUAACAGACCGUUUGUGAAUUAUGCUUGUGGACAUUGAGUACAGCCCAGUGCAUCCACCUAAGUGCCAUUUUUUUGCAUUUUAAUUUCAAUUAAUGAUUAUUUUUUAGUACAGUGGUAAGAAUAAUUUCAUGAGGUGACAGGUGAAAUGUUCCAUUCCACGAGGCUAGGCUUUGUCUCAUGGAAUGGAACAUUUCAUCUGUCACCGAAUGAAGUUAUUCUUACUUAUGCAUGAAUUCAUUAUUUGUCUUAUGCAUUAUCUGCGUAAAUCCUCUUCUGCUAGGAAAACACGUAAGUGUUCCACUUUGUGAAACAGGUUCGUGUCUGAAGGGCUUACCGCUGGUAGUACCAUGCAGUGUUAGACUGGUUUCUGUCGCUUCAUUAUUUUCCUCUUUCUCACUUGGAAUAAUAUAUAUGAAAUGGAGGUGGGAACCAAUCAAGUGAAAUGAAGUUCUCUUCAACAGGUACCAUUGAAUGGAACAAAUACAGUACAUGUAAUCAAUGAUCCACCAAUCCAAUGAUGGGGAUUUGUGCAGGUAUUAUAUACAAUAGGACAUUCAAAUACACUCUUUGUGUCAAGAGCUGCAACUGUGCCUGCUACAGUGCCAACAGUAUAAAUUCAAUGGGUUAGGAUCAGUGGUCACCAUUGGUCACUCCAAGUAAUUCUUAACUGGAUCAUUGACCAACCAAUGGGAUGAGAGGGUUCAUUCAGGUUUUGUGUAAUACACAAUGUGCACAUCCUCUGAUUCGCACAGAAUCACUUUCUUUAGGUAUGCUUCGAGUUUCCAAUGAUUACCCGGCAAAAGAAAACAAGCCCAUUGUUAGUUAUGGGAAUCAUUUGCAGGUUUGCUACAAGAAAAUGUUUAUACAUCUGUUCGAUUUUUCUCCUGAUAUGCAGAUUAGAUUAGCAAAGCUAAAAUGGUAUGAAAAUUGUUUGGGACACAUUCGAGGAUUUGAUACAUUUGUGGAUAGGUGUUGUUUACUGUUCUUUUGCCUGACUGCGAGAAGGUGCCGUAUCAGUGCUGAGGUAGUAGAGCUGAGAAAACAAAAGACAGUUCUGGAGGGAGGGGAUGCUUGUACCCCUCCCCCUCCUACCCCACCCUCCUCCCUGGGGGAAAAAAAUUACCAAAUACAAAAAGGGGAAAAAGAAAAGGGACAAACUCCUGGCAAUGCCAGUGCAUACGGUUAGUUUAGGUAUUGGAGAGACUAACUGCUAAAGAGAAUGAAUUCCACACAAAUCCUGUGGCCAGACUUUCAAGUCAUUGCUUCAUUGUGACUCGCCACAGUGCUCAUGACACAGAUUGUCUCUUCAACCAAUACAAGUGUCAUGACUUGCCCAACCACAUGUAUUUCUUGACUCUUUAGAACAUGUCAACCAGACUAAAAGAUGGAACUGAUCUUAGUGCCACUGUAUCUCGGAUGAGCCUACGUCUUUGUUCUGAAACCUUUUCCAGUCAGCAGCGCCCAGGAGGGAUCAUGUACAUAUAUCUUAAGGACUUCUUCACUGUAACUUCCUUAAUCAUGAGUGUAUAUUUGGGCUCCUAGCAGUACUUGGAGGUAUCAGUCUGGGGAGGUUUAUAGAGUCGAGCAGUGAGAUACUGUUGAGAGGCAUGUUUGAUGGUAUGGCUGAAUGGUCCCUCUUACUUCUCCAUGCCAGUCCCAGGGGUGGUUCGUUUCUUCAAAUAGAUCUCUCACACGGGAUGCCAUCUUUGGAGGAAAAGUACAACUAUGUAUGCAACACCAACAGGUGCGAGUAUGUGCAGUGUGCAAAUGUUCUAUACUAGCGUGCAUGCUGAUCAAGUACAUUGUAUCUUUGAAAUACGGUGCAGCUGAUGCACGUCAGAAAAAUUUGAAGUCAGUAAUGCCGGCGCAUGUGGCAGUCUAUAAGAAGCGAUAUCAUUUGAGAGAGACCUAUUUGUGUCACAGGUGUACAUUAGGAGGGAAUGUAUUUUACUGCGUAUAAUAUCCCUGAUAAUGAAUAAGUGUAUCUGAAAAUAUUUAGAUAUGUUGUAUCUUCAGGCAAGAAAUGCAAUUUUGCUGUUAGGGCUGACCAAAGUGUAAUUUCUUUAGCUUCUUAAAAAUUCUUUAAAAAAUUAUAGGUGUGUAAUUUGAUUGCACUGUACUCAGAUAUUGUGCCACUUUGGUUUUUUUUUCAAUUACAAACAUUUUAUGAAGGUACUUUACAAUAUGGGCGAUUCACAAUACAGGGCACCACCAAGAGUUUGCUGCAGACAGGCCACUUUUCAAGUUUACGGUUGACACACUGCUGUGAUUAAGUGCACUUUGUACGUAAUUUUUGAUUGAUUAAGGCAUUUUCUGCACCACUUGAAACCAUCAUUUUGACUACCUAUAUUUACUGGUAACACCCUUCACAGUAAUUAUAAGCAAUUUAGAAUUUUCAACCAAGAUAAACAAACAUCGGAAAAAAGUUGAAGUUUUCCACACACAGCGCAGUUAGCGAAUUAGACUUUGUUUACUAUCCCAUAAUGAACUGCAAAAAGCCUCUCCACGACAACCUGUUGGUGGCGUACUGUAUUGUGUUGUAAAGAUAACGUUGGGAUUGAUACAGAAGAACACUGAUGCUUCAAAAGCUCAACGCAAGACGGUUUCUGUGUUCAGCCAUGAAAGCAGCCUCUGACUACUAGUUUUGCAUGGCAUUGGUGUGUAUUAACAUGUUUUAAUUUGCUCCCAAAGGGGGGCAGCUGUCAUCCCAUUGACGGUCUCAACCCUAACUCCCAAGGAGUGGUGUACGUAUGUACAGGUGGGAUGGGAGGGAGUCGCAUUGCCUUUUUCUAAGGAAUGUAAAGCACAAACGCAUUUGAAAGGGCACUACAACUGUUGGAGGGAGUUGAGGAUUCUUUUACAGAUAAAAAAAAAAUCGGCCAAUCGCAUUUAGAAAAAAUUCUAUUUAGCCUCCUCCCUGACCCCAAACCUAGAUAUGCCACAGCUGCCAAAGGGACUUUGUGAACCAUCGUCAGUUUCAUUUGCAAUGUAGCUCAGUGGCAGCUUUGUCAUAUUUUAACAUUCAAAGGCGUAGGCUUGCAACACAGCUUUUGUUAUGGUGAGAUGUGCACAGGUCUAAUCCACUAGAAAAUCCACUAGAAAGGUGUGGUCGAUAUUGAAGGAAAAUAGAAUGGGUUUAUGGAUACCUGUUACUACAUUGAAAAGAAUGCUUUCUUUUGUUGUGAGAUCAGCCAGAUGUUUGUGGUUCAAGGAUUAAAGAAUGUGCAUUUGCAAGGCAAAGUAGCUCCUUUGGCUAUUCUGUACAGGUGGGGCUCUGUAAAACCAGUUAAACUAGAAAACAUUUUAGAGUAGAAUAAUUAUCCCUGUAAUUUUUUGUUUCCUUUUUAAUAUUUAGUGAAUUAGAUAAAAUACGUGUACAUACAGUCACUCGUGUAUCAUGUGUAGCAUAUGUUAAAUUUUAUUGCUCACCUUUUUUCAAAUUUCAUUAAGAGAGACCAUAAAUACAUGUAUCUCAAAAAGUCUGAUUUUGACUGGCUGAUUUUGGUACUGCCAACUGGGUGUUUACCGUGAGAAGAAAUUCUGUAUGCAACAAAGCAUGAUUUA